AACGCCACACACCGCGGUGCACUGCGGGCGGACAGCCGAUGGGCGCCGCGCCGCAGCCAUGAACCCAUGACGCGCCGCCUGCUCCUCGCCGUGAACGUCGUCGCCGUCCUUUGCCUGGGGCUAGGCUCCGUCCAGCUGCCACGGUACCGCUACCUAGGGGCGCCCCUGCGCGAGCUCGUCCUGCGCUACUUCGACGCCGAUACGCUCCUGGUUGUGUCGCUGGGGCGGCCCAAUGCCGAGCCCGACGUCAACGGCAUCUUUGUGGGUGACUCAGACGCAGAGCACCUCGAGUUCGGGCACUACAAAGUCCGCCCCUCGGUUGAUGCGGUGCUGGACGCCGUCAGCGUCGACUCCCGGCCCGUGGUGGUGCUGGCCGACAUGCCCGAGGAGGUCCCCCAGCACGCGGCCGCCUACCUGGGCUCGCGCGCCCACGGCUUUCUGCUCAUGGCGCUGGGGGAGGCUCCAUUCGACGGCGUCCGCGAAAGGCUCACCAUGCUGAGGCACCUGCCCUGGUGGAACAGCACGGCGCGCUUUUUGGUGGUGACCGUGGCUCCCCAUCCCGACCUCAUCCUACUCGAGAUGCACGACGAGUUUAUCGAGGACGUUGCGCUGCUGAUACCAGGACAGGUGCCGGGCGGCGACGGUGCCGAGGUACUCGCCUCGGCCUACGGGUGCGGUUCGCGUCUGACGGCGGUGCGACGGGUGUCGCGGUGGCAGGGCGGUCGCUUCGACGGCGGUAACCCCUUCCCCCCGAGGACGCCGUCGUGGAGCAUGCGCUGCCGGCCGGUGGUUCGGGCCUCCGUCAACACCAAUGAGUCGUACUUCGCCGAGUACAUCGCCCACGAGGUGAUCCGCUCCCUACCCGGCGAGAUCGUCCCGGACGUAUUUCCCUCCAGAUCAAUAUUUAACACCAUGCUCCCCAACGGCACCUGGGGUGGGCUGCUCGGACACGUGCAGAGGCGGGAGGCGGACAUGGGCCUCUUCCUAAUGCCUAACAGUGAGCGUAUGUGGCACUUCCGCCAGUCCCUGAUGGUGACGUCCACGCAAGUGUACGCGUACGUACGCUGCUCUUCCAAUGCGCCCGCGGCCCCACGCCCCGGUCUGCUCCACCUGUUCAGCCACCGCUCGCUUGUCGAGCUCAUGGUGGCCGUCUUUCUGGCGUACUUCGCGUGUGCGGCGCUGGGCCGCUGGCUCAACGAGCACCCCUGGCACCCGGCACGCGCCCCCACCGCCUCCUACAGCAGGGGGUUCUUCGAGAUCUACGCCAUCCUCAUCGAGCAGCCGAUAGAGCCGCGCUUCCCGGCGCAGCGCCCCGUGUUCGGCCUCAUGCUCGUCUUCGUCAUGGUGCUGAACGUGUUCCUCAAGUCGGUCAUCACCGCGGACCUGACGCGGUCGCCGUGGGCGGGCCAGGUGCGCACCCUCGUCGAGUUGAGCCGGCGCGGCACCGACCUGGGGGUUGUGGCGCCCAUCGUGCUGGCCAACGUACGCAGAGCCGCCGAUGAACUGCCGGAGCUUCGGAACCUGGCGCAGCGCUCGCACCUCUGCACCUUCAACAUAAGCGACUGCUUCCAUCGCCUCAAGUCUGAACGCAGUGCGUCGUACGCCAUGGCCGGCUCACAGCUCUCCCCCUGGCGCAAGAUGCUCGUCCAGACCAAGACGUGCGCCUACCGGGUGCCCGAGGUGCUCGAAACAGCGCAGUUAAUGAUCUACACCCGCAAGGACGACCCCCUAGGAGAAAUGGUGGACGACGUCAUCCAGCGGCUCCAGAACGGCGGCCUGCCCAGGUACUGGCUCAACAUGAUGCACCCCAAGGGCCAGUACACGAACUCGGGCCGGCGGGGCCGCGGGUCGGACUCCGAGGACAGCGAAGACGGGCAGAUAGCCAUGGCGGCCGCGGUGCUCGGCUUCGGUCACCUGCUCGCCGCCCUCGUCUUCCUCGCCGAGCUCAUGGCGGCAGGCGUCCCCUGGCCGCGUCGCUGGAAGGGCCGCGGCCGCGGCGUGGGCCGCGGUGUGGGCCGCGACGUCGUGGACGUCACCCCCGCGCGGCGGCGGCCGCGGCGGCACCCACCUCGUCGUGCCCCGGGUGCCCAAGGCCUCGCGGCCCGGGCGCGCCCGCCGCCACCAGGUGCACGACUGCAGAUUGGGCGCCCAAUGAUUGAUGGCUUCCUCCUCGCAAUCUCGGACAAAGCGGUCGAAAGUUGGACGCUGCAAUGCCGGUGA